AAUUGUUUGUCUCGCAAUCAACAUGUCGCGUUUAGUUUGUUUGGGAUUACUGCUCCUGGUGGCUGUCGUUGCAGUCUCCACGGCACCACACGAGGAUUUGAGCAAGGAGCAUACCGCCGAGGUGGCCCAGGAGUGCAAAACGGAGACGGGCGCCACCGAUGAGGAUGUGGAGCAUAUGAUGCACCAUAAGCCAAGUGAUUCCCAUGAGGGCAAAUGUCUGCGCGCCUGCAUGAUGAAGAAAUUCGAGAUUAUGGAUGACGACGGCAAACUGAACAAGGAACGUGCUCUGGAAUUGGUUAAGAUCAUGAGCAAGGAUGAUGCUGCCAAGGAAGCUGCUGGCGCUGAUGUUGUUGACAAAUGCGAGAGUCUUGAGGUGCCCGAGGAUUACUGCGUUGCGGCCGCUGCUUAUGAGACCUGCAUUGUGGAGAACAUGCAUGAGCAUGGUCUGUCCCUGGAGGAGCACUAAGGUCAUGUUCCAUGUCCCUUCCCGCACGACAAGCGCCACACAGGCUAAAUGGAUCCACAUUUGUAUCAACUUAUUUUUUUUUUCUAUAUAUUCUUUACACAACUACUAGUUCCUAAGCCUAUCUAAAUAAAUCUGUAUAAGCUGCAUCUAA